GAUGACCUAUGCCCAGCCAAAGGUGCUAACACCCAGUAGGAAAGAUGUUCUUGUCCUGACCCCGUGGCUGGCUCCCAUCAUCUGGGAGGGGACCUUCAACAUCGCCAUACUGAAUGAACAGUUCAGGCUACAGAACACCACAGUUGGACUGACUGUAUUUGCCAUCAGAAAGUAUGUGGUGUUCCUGAAGCUUUUCCUGGAGACAGCAGAGCAGCACUUCAUGGUGGGACACAAGGUCACCUACUAUGUCUUCACUGACCGUCCAGCUGACGUGCCACAGGUGCCCCUGGGUGCAGGACGAAAGCUGGUGGUGCUAACUGUGCGCAGCUACACCCGCUGGCAGGAUGUGUCCAUGCACAGGAUGGAGAUGAUCAGCCACUUCUCAGAGCGACGCUUUCUGCAUGAGGUGGAUUACCUGGUGUGUGCAGAUGUGGACAUGAAGUUCAGUGACCACGUGGGUGUGGAGAUUCUCACAGCACUCUUUGGUACCCUGCAUCCUGGCUUCUACAGGAGCAGCCGAGAGGCCUUUACCUAUGAGCGCCGGCCACAGUCCCAGGCCUUCAUCCCCCGGGAUGAGGGUGACUUUUACUACAUGGGAGCCUUCUUUGGGGGGUCAGUGUCGGAGGUGCACCAUCUCACCAAGGCCUGCCAUGAGGCUAUGGUGCAGGACCAGGCCAAUGGCAUAGAAGCUGUGUGGCAUGAUGAGAGCCAUCUGAACAAGUACCUGCUAUACCACAAGCCAACAAAGGUGUUGUCCCCAGAGUACAUGUGGGACCAGCAGCUGCUGGGCUGGCCCUCCAUCAUGAAGAAGCUGAGAUAUGUGGCUGUGCCCAAGAACCAUCAGGCUAUCAGGAAUCUAUAGCUCAAAUCCUAUUGGAGAGGCCAGACCUAUAUCCAGGGGCACUCCAGGCUGUGUGGAACUGGAAGGAUUUGAGAGACAUUGGUAUCACCCUUCAGCAGCCCUGGUACCAACCACUUGGCUCAUCACACACUAAGC